AAACGUCAUAAUAAAGCGUCCGUUCAAACUGCACGCAGCGGGACUUUUGCUGAAAAUAAAGGGAGAAGGCGGCUAGUAAUCUUAUUACCUCGUACCAUUUGACAAGAAGGAUAACUCAACACAAUCGAAAUGAUAGAUAUGGUUGAAAGGGAAGAUACUAUUAUUAGCGAGGAAGAGGCUGCACAGUACGAUCGGCAGAUUCGGCUAUGGGGUCUGGAUGCACAAAAGAGGUUGCGAGGGUCCCGUGUGCUGCUUAUUGGUCUCAAGGGAUUGGGAGCAGAGGUUGCCAAAAACCUCAUCUUGGCAGGAGUGAAGGGGUUAACCCUUCUUGACCAUGAGAAGGUGACUGAAGAGUCCUGCCGAGCCCAGUUCCUCAUCCCAGUGGGUUCUGAGGGACGGAACCGGGCCCAGGCCUCGCUGGAACGGGCACAGUACCUCAACCCCAUGGUAGAGGUGAAGGCUGACACAGAGGAUGCAGAGUCCAAGCCAGACGAGUUCUUCCUGCAGUUCGACGCGGUCUGUCUGACUGGCUGUCCCCGGGAUCUCAUGGUGCGAGUGGACCAGGUCUGCUCUCAGAGGAACGUCAAGGUCUUCUGCGGGGAUGUCUUCGGUUACCAUGGCUACAUGUUUUCCAACCUGGGCCCGGAGCAUCAUUACGUGGAAGAGAAGCCAAAAGCAGCAAAACCUUCACAGGAGUCCAAUGAUGGACCCGAGGCCAAGAAACCCAAAGUUGACCCAAAUGAGACCACCAUGGUCAAAAAGACGGCCAGUUUCUGCCCCUUGAAAGAGGCGCUGGAAGUUGAUUGGACGAGCGAGAAGGCCAAGGCCAGCUUAAAGCGCACCCCGCCUGACUACUUCCUGUUGCAAGUCCUGCUCAAGUUCCGCACGGACAAGGGUCGCGACCCCCACCCCAGCAGCUUCGCCGAGGACGCCCCUCUCCUCCGCCAGAUCCGCGACGACGUCCUGGAGGCUCAGGGCCUGAGCAGCGACCUGCUCUCGGACGACUUUGUCACGUACUGCUUCUCUGAGAUGGCCCCGGUGUGUGCGGUGGUGGGCGGCGUUCUGGGACAGGAGAUCGUCAAGGCUCUUUCCCAGAGAGACGCACCUCACAGGAACUUCUUUUUCUUUGAUGGUCUGAAGGGAAGUGGAGUGGUGGACUUCUUUGGUUCCAAGUGAAGUUUUCAAGCGAAAGGGGUGGUCAACAGUAAUAUGCAGAAAACAUUCGGCACGUUUCUCAAAUCCUCAGACCCUCCUUUACGAUCUACCAGGCCACCAAACGCGUAUCCACAUUAGUUGCCAGGUAAUUUCAUUGGUCCCUUUCCUCGAUUCCUUCACAGUGCUCUUGUGUCCAGCCAGUCACAUGGAGCUGUGCUUGCUAAUUUUGGGGGAGGGGUUGGGGGAGAUCAACACUUGUUCCUGUCCCGUCUCUACCCCAUUUCAGUACUGUAAGCCUGUGUGGACCGUCCCUAGCACAUGUAAGCACAUAAGAUGUGGUUUUUACAUUUUAUAAUAAAAAAAAAAAAACAUUAAAAACUAGAAAUAAAAAGGAAAGCUCCCCUGA